AUGUUUCGCGCUAGAACAGUCAACAUUCUCGCGUUGGGACUCUUGUCCCCAACCCUGGCCACCAACCUUCUGGUCUCGCAUUUUGGUGGGCAGAUUUACUCCUUGUCCUUGAGCGAAAGUGAGGGAAAUUCGGACCUGAUAAUAUCGACCUCAACUUCCGGUUGCGGCCGCCUUCCAGCAUGGUUGCAGUACGACUCGGAGACUCAGACCGCAUAUUGCGUUGACGAGAAUUGGUCUGGCCCUGGCGUCGUUGCGUCCUUCUUAGUAGCUAGCGAUGGCUCUUUGACUCAGACCGGAAAUUCUUCAACGGCUGGCAUGUCUGUACACAGCGCGGUCUACGGGGGAGUCAAUGGUCGAUCAUUCGUUGUCACGUCUGAAUACACGCCAUCCACCAUUACCGCAUAUGAGCUUCCUCUGAGUAACGAAACGGGGGCGCUCCAGACAUUGGAGUUCACCAUGGACGCAGCUGGUCCCAACUCCCGGCAAGAUAAACCGCACCCUCAUGCUGGCAUCCCCGACCCCACGGGUGACUAUCUGCUCGUUCCCGACCUCGGUGCCGACUUGGUCCGCAUCUUCAGCAUCAACCAGACUUCUGGCCAACUCACUGCCUGUGGAGCAGGAGAGGCGGAAGCUGGAAGCGGCCCACGGCACGGCGUCUUCUGGUCGUCGAGCACUUGCCGCGACAAGUUCUACACGGUGAAUGAACUUGGUAAUUCCGUCACAGCCUGGACGGUGUCCUACCCAUUGUCGGGUUGCCCUACCUUGGUAAAGACCCAAACUCUCUCGACAUACGCCGAGGGUGUGGUGCCGGGUAAUACCACCAAGGCCGCCGAAAUUCAUAUUCGCGACAACUUCCUCUAUGUUUCCAAUCGUGGCGACGAGACCUUUGGAACCGAGCAGGACUCGCUCGUCACCUACACCAUUGAUCCGAAUUCUGGCAACAUGACCUGGCUAGAGGCUUCUAGUGCUUAUGCUUGGUACCCGCGAUCCUUUCAGAUCAACAAGGCUGGUGAUUUAGUUGCCGUUGGAGGUCAAACCAGCAGCAAUGUGGCCAUCAUCGCCAGGGACAUCACUACCGGAAGACUGGGCGACCUCGUUGCCAAUGUUUCAGUUGCAACCCGCGGUACGGCUGGCGGCGAGAAUGGACUGAGCGCUGUGGUCUGGGUAGAGUAA